ACAUCAGUGAGCAUACUCGCGACUUGCUCCUGGCUUCAAGCGACAUCAGUGAGCAUACACGCCGUAUUUCCUCUUGGCUUCAAGCGACAUCAGCGAGCAUACACGCCGCACCUGGUUCUGGUCACAAACCAGUCAUUGCUAGUAUUACCUUUGGUCUUCUAGUCACAAACCAGUCAUUGCUAGAACUGAAAAGAAAGCGGGACGCUCAACGCAACAAUGCAGAUCAGACUGGA